GACAUCAGCUGAUUAUGUAUUCCAAUUCCAGGACUUAAGAGAGAGAAGUUAGUGUGAAAGAAGCUGUCAAAGAGUCCAGAGGUGGAAAUGACAACAUACACAGACAAAGGCCCGAAGCCCCAAGGAGGAAAGUUCCUCAACUUUGACCACCUAACAUUUUGGGUUGGAAAUGCAAAGCAGGCUGCUAGUUACUACUGCACUCGUCUGGGGUUUGAACCCUUGGCGUACAAAGGUCUGGAGACAGGCUGCAGAAGAUUUGCAGCUCAUGCAGUGAAGCAAAACAAGAUUGUGUUCGUCCUCAUGUCAGCCUAUGAGCCUGAUGAUCCUGAGAUGGGACCUCACCUAGUCACUCAUGGAGAUGGAGUCAAAGAUGUCGCUUUCCAAGUCGAGGAUCUUGAUACUAUUGUUGAGGUAGCUAAAGCGAGAGGAGCCAAAUUAAUAAAGGAUAUUUCGGAAGAAUCUGAUGAAAAUGGCACCGUACGAUUGGCACAGAUUCAAACAUUUGGCGACACGACCCACACGUUGGUAGACCGUUCUCAGUAUUCUGGCAUUUUCCUACCAGGUUUCAGAUCCUCAGUACAAGACCACCUUUUAAAUAAACUGCCACCUGGUAAACUGAAUUUCAUAGACCACGUCGUUGGAAAUCAACCCGACCACUCCAUGGAAUCUGUGGCUGAAUGGUAUGAAAAUAACCUUGAGUUCCAUAGGUUCUGGUCUGUAGAUGACUCCCAGCUCCACACUGACUACUCUGCACUCAGGUCUAUUGUUAUGACCAACUGGGAUGAGACUGUAAAGAUACCAAUAAACGAGCCAGCAGAGGGAAAGAAAAAGAGUCAGAUUGCAGAGUAUGUCGACUAUUAUGGAGGUGCUGGAGUGCAACAUAUAGCUCUCAACACCGAUGACAUCAUCUCGGCGAUUACAAAUCUCAAGUUCCGAGGACAGGAAUUUCUUCAAGUGCCAGACACUUAUUAUGACAUGCUUAGAGAAAGGUUGAAGGCAGACAAAGUAAACAUCAUUGAAGAUAUUGACAAAUUGCAGGAAUUGAAAAUUCUCAUUGACUAUGACGAGAACGGCUACCUGUUACAGCUGUUCACAAAGAACAUGCAAGACAGACCAACAUUGUUUUUAGAAGUAAUCCAGCGUCACAAUCACAAUGGAUUUGGAGCAGGAAACUUCAAAGCUCUUUUUGAAGCAAUUGAAGCAGAGCAGGCACAGAGAGGAAAUUUGUAAACACUUCAAGUGGCUAUGUAUAUUUAAGUUCUCAGUGUUAUCCCUAUCAUUCAAAAAAUUCGUAAUGUAAACUUUUUAAUAUCUUAAAUAUUAAACUAAAUAAGUUUUUUGGAAUGGAAUAUGAUGUUAUUGUUCACUUCAAUGAGACAUUGGUUGAAUAAAAUCUAAAUGUUUUACAUCUCACAAAACCACAUACAGAUUUUGCAAGUCUUAGUCAUGUGAAUGUCUUUUUAAAGUGUUCAAUAAUAACAUUGAGAUAAAAUACAUAAAAAAGGUUGACUCUUUUAGCUCAGAAACCUAUACAAAUGUUAUUCAAAAUGCAUAUUUAGGAUACGUACAUUUACUGUUUUAAAUUGUUUCUAAUAAUUUAAAAUAAAUCAUCAAUAUUUUCACUAGUAUUUAGAUAGGUAUU